UCGCUGCCGCCUCGGCCCUGAGGAUGGGCGGAGCCCCAGCCGCUGGUGCUGGUGGCUGCCGCCGCUGCCGGAUCCCGAGCGUAGCUUCUGCUCCCGCGGGUCGCUGCUUCCCAGGGCGGCGGUAUGCUGGGGAAAGGAGUCGUUGGCGGUGGCGGCGGCACCAAGGCGCCCAAGCCCUCCUUCGUGUCGUACGUGCGCCCCGAGGAAAUUCACACAAAUGACAAAGAAGCAACGGAAAAGGAAGUAACUCUUCACUUGUUGCCAGGUGAGCAGCUGCUUUGUGAAGCCAGCACAGUACUGAAGUACGUCCAGGAGGAUUCAUGUCAGCGUGGGAUUUGUGGGAAACUUGUCUGCACAGACUUCAAGAUUGCUUUCUUGGGCGAUGAUGAAUCUGCAUUGAAUAAUGAUGAAACUCAGUUUAAGAAUAAGGUUAUAGGAGAAAACGACAUCACACUCCACUGUGUUGAUCAAAUUUAUGGAGUGUUCGAUGAGAAAAAAAAAACUCUCUUUGGACAACUGAAGAAAUAUCCUGAGAAACUCAUCAUCCAUUGCAAAGACCUCCGAGUAUUUCACUUUUGUCUGAGGUACACGAAGGAAGAGGAAGUCAAAAGGAUUGUCAGUGGCAUAAUUCAUCACACUCAGGCUCCUAAGCUGCUUAAACGAUUGUUUCUGUUUUCCUAUGCAACUGCCUCACAAAACAGUACAGCCACAGAUACCAAGAAUCAUACUGUAAUGUUCAACACACUUAAGGACUGGUGUUGGGAGUUGGAGCGGACCAAAGGCAGCAUGAAGUACAAAGCAGUGAGUGUCAAUGAAGAUUAUAAAGUCUGUGAAAGGUUGCCAGCAUACUUUGUUGUUCCCAUCUCUCUUCCUGAAGAAGAUAUUCCACACUUUCAGGGUCAUGGUAUACCAAUUUGGUGUUGGUCCUGCCACAAUGGAUGUGCUCUUUUGAAAAUGUCAGCACUGCCCAAAGAACAAGAUGAUGGCAUUUUACAAAUCCAAAAAAGCUUCUUGGAUGGAAUUUACAAGACCAUCCACAGGCCACCCUAUGAAAUUGUUAAAACUGAAGACCUAUCAAGCAACUUCCUAUCCCUGCAGGAAAUCCAGACUGCAUACUCUAAAUUUAAACAGCUGUUUCUGAUAGAUAACAGUACUGAAUUUUGGGACACAGAUAUAAAAUGGUUUUCUCUGCUGGAAAGUAGCGGCUGGCUUGAGAUGAUCAGGCGUUGUCUUAAAAAAGCAAUAGAGAUUACAGAAUGUCUGGAAGCACAAAACAUGAACGUUCUUCUUUUAGAGGAGACUGCCUCGGACCUCUGCUGUAUCGUCUCCUCUCUGGUGCAAGUCAUGAUGGAUCCCCACUGUCGAACCAGGUUUGGUUUCCAGAGCCUCAUCCAAAAGGAGUGGAUCAUGGGCGGCCACUGCUUCCUGGAUCGCUGCAACCACUUACGCCAGAAUGACAAAGAGGAGGUUCCCGUGUUCCUGCUCUUCCUAGAUUGUGUGUGGCAGCUGGUACACCAGCAUCCCCCAGCCUUUGAAUUCACGGAGACUUACCUGACUGUUCUGUCAGAUAGCCUGUACAUACCUAUUUUUAGCACCUUCUUCUUCAACUCACCUCAUCAAAAAGAUACUAACAUGACUUCCCCAGGAAGCCAUCGUGACCUGUGCUCGUUUGGGCAGGGUAGGGAAAGCCAGGAUGCACAAAGCAAGCCUUUGAAUCUGCUCACCGUGUGGGAUUGGCAUGUACAGUUUGAACCCAAAGCCCAGAUGUUGUUCAGAAACCCUCUGUAUGUGGAAAAGGCAAAACUGGACAAAAGCCAGCGGAAAGGAAUGCGUUUCAAACAUCAACGACAACUUUCUUUGCCACUCACCCAAUCGAAAUCAUCUCCCAAAAGAGGAUUUUUCAGGGAAGAAACAGAUCAUUUAAUUAAAAACCUUCUGGGCAAGAGAAUUAGCAAACUUAUUAAUUCUUCUGAUGAGCUGCAAGACAACUUUCGAGAGUUCUACGACAGCUGGCAUAGCAAACCUACCGACUACCAUGGUUUGUUGUUGCCGUACAUAGAGGGACCAGAAAUCAAAGUCUGGGCUCAGAGGUACUUGCGUUGGAUUCCAGAAGCCCAGAUCCUAGGUGGUGGCAGAGUGGCCACUCUGAGCAAACUCUUGGAAAUUAUGGAGGAAGUACAGAUCUUACAAGAGAAAAUAGACGAGAAACACCACAGCCAGGUGGCCCUCCAGGCAGAGGCCUCCUCCCUGCUGAGGAAUUCCGCCCGCCUGUCCUCUCUGUUUCCUUUCGCUUUGCUCCAGCGGUAUUCCUCUAAGCCAGUCUUACCUACCAGUGGUUGGAAAGCCUUGGGAGAUGAAGAAGAUUUGGCCAAACGAGAAGAUGAGUUUGUGGAUCUAGGAGACGUGUGACUUGUUUCCUCAGUUAUUGUAAAAAAGGAAUGUUGAAGAUUGGGACAGGAGUCAGACACAUUUGAUCUCUGGAUUGGUGUGUCACGCUGAAGCUUCAUACUGGGAGGGUCAUUGCCUGUUGCUGUGUUGGAGUAAACCUGGGCCUUCAGGAAAAGAGCUGGUUCUCAUUUUUCUUCAUGGUCGCGAAAGGCCAUGCAAUUAAAACCAUAUGCCUAGUAUUGUUAAAUGAGAGGGAUUACUACUUGACCCGUGCAAGGAUUGUGGCCGUUUUCUGAUGCAUAAGUGUUACACGGAACCUACAAUGGCUGGUUUACUAACUAAAAAGGGCUUUGUAAGAUAUUCUUGAACUUGAUACUUUCUUCAGAUGCUUUCCAUGCCAAGAAAAUUUAUCCAGUCAUUGGGAAUAGUCAAUUUCUCUAUAACCCAUCUCAAUUAGAAGCAAGUGCAGUUUUACAUGAUACUUGUAUGGUCAAUUGAAUGAUUCAAAUAGAGGUAUUAGGAUGUAUGGCAUUUGUCUAAACAAACUGUUCUUAGCAUUUUUCCUGUCUACCCCACUUGCCUGUAGGAAAACUGGGGAAACUCCCUGUGUCACUCACUCUAGUUCCAGACCCUCCUUUCUAGACUGUGUCACGUUGUGCAUGGGUGGUGGGCUGACAUGUGCUGACACCUCCAGGACUUUCCCUGCCUGCUCUGGACCAUGCCCUCCAUGCCCCCUGCCUUGGUGCACAUAGCUCCAGUUUCUUGCUGCUAAACCUAGUGUUCAGCUGGGGGAAUAUUUUUGGUUUGCCCAGGGGAGCUUCCAUUCUUCUGGAGUCUCUCGGUGUUGGCAAUUAAUUGCUUUGUCUUUUUCUAAUGCAUGCCAGGGCUCCAGAGCAUUUGUGGCGUGGCCCUCUGUAGCAACCGCUCAGAUGGUUUCCUCACACUGUCUGCUGCCCUGACAGACACACAAGGUAGGACCACCUUUGAAUGUGGCUUUCAUAGGAAAGCAGUUAAACAUAAAUGUCAGAAGUGAUGAUUAUCAUAUAGUACCUCAGUGAUUUAAAAAGCCAUAGAAGAAACUUGAUUAUGCCUGAUAUCCUUCUUGGAUCUGCUGUCUAAAUGAUAUAUAUUUUUUAAUGCAGGAAAGCACACUUUGUAAGGACCAGUUUUUUAAUUCUGAAUGGAACCCUGUCAAAUCCCACAAGAGGAAGAAACAAAAAAAAUCUCAUGCUAGACUGUUUCAAACUGAACGUUUGCCUUUUAUAUACGUUUGCUCUCCAAUAUAGAUCCCAAUUUGAAUAUUAACUGUUUAGAAAAACUUUCAGUUGCUCAAGGGAAGUAAGAAAUCUUAAAAGUAUUGACAAAGAGGAGUUUCUAAGUUUGCACUGAAUCGUUUGGUACAUACAGCGAAUUGUUUUGCUGUUCUCCUUACUCCAUGUUAGGUUGGUCUGCUAGGAGGACAGAUUUGAGGGGAGGGCAGGAUUCACGCAUCGGAGGGCCAAACACAUGUCAAGCUUUGGUCGCCUUAGGCAUCUUGCUAGUGAAGUCAGUGUUAGGCUUGCAGUAGGGAUUUUAAAAAUACACUAGUUCUUUAGCCACUUUCACAUAUGUCCUAUGGGCCUUCUUAAACUAGCACUAACCUCCACUUCUCUGCCCCGUUGCCUCCCAAAUACACUAUGGAACUAACUAUUUUUGUUACCAUAUUAUGAAUAUUUAUACGGUAGCCUCUUGAGUCUUAGGAUCGUAGUGAUUUUCAUUCCAAAAAUGCCCGGUGUCAUGCUUUACACUCCACAAAGUAUGGUUUAAAGGCACAAGGUCAUGGCUGUUGUCACACCAGUUGAAUGUGCAUUGAAAUAUUUUUCUACGAUUUUUUUUAAAAACUGCAAUAGAAAAAUAAGGAAGCUGUUGUAACGUGAGGUCAUGACAAUUUACUUAUUUAUAUUUGAAGUCAGAUUUCUAUAACUUGUAUUUGUGUACAGAAUUCUCAGUGGGUUUAUAUAUUGUGAAAUUUUUAUGCAAGAUUGAGAGGUGAGUUAUGCUUAACAGUUAAAGCUAAAAUGAGACCAUUGACUUUGUUGAAAACGCUGCACUGUGCAAGUUUGGAAAUGUACAUUAAUUUACUGUAUAUAAUAUCUUGAGUUUGUUUAUACCUCCGAGUUUUUACACUGAAGAUAAACUAGCUUUAAUUAAAUUCAAAACUUUCCUUUUUUUUUUUU